AUGAGUUCAUAGAAAAAAGUAGCAAUAGCAGAAGAUAGUUUUAAUAAUUAAACUAGUCAAUCAAAUUAGCAAGAGAUAGAUAAAGCUAAAGUAGAAGAGGCUAAGAACAAGAUCAUUUCUCUUGAGCCAACUAAAAAGCAGAGAGACAUAUUUUGCAAAGAGGUUCUUCCAAACACUGAGAUCAAAGCAAGAGAACACAAUAUUCUCUUUACUGGUCUUACAAAGCUAUUUAAGCGUACAAUAGAGCUAUAAAAGUAAGAAAAAUAGAUAUAGAAUGAAGACAUCAAAGACUACAUAACAAAGUCAACUUAAGUUAAGCUUUUGAUAGAAAAGCUGGAGGAUUUCAAAAGCCGCAACCCUAAUGAUUUUGGACCAACAAACUUCAAUUUAAGAUCUAUUUACUUCAACAUGACUGGUAAGAAUCUUAUGAUAGGUCUCUUUUAUUCAAUAGCAUAAUCUCUUUUAAGUUGUGGAUGCGUUUUUAUUAUGGACAAGAUUACUGACAUGCUCAAGGACUAUAAUGGAGAAAGUAGUCAGAAAAGAGAUGUUUGUCUUCUCCUGUUAGCCAUCUCAAUAGGAUACAUUAUUAAGAAUGUUUUUUACUCAAGGUAUGCGUGGUAUUAAGCAAAAUUCUAAGCUAAUACCUAUGCAACUCUACAAUAUUUAGUUUUUAGCAAGUCUUUAAGAACUUAAGUAAUGUCUGCAAGUUCAAGUAACGAGGAUGGCAAAGGGUCUGGAGAUGGAAGUGAUGAAAACCCUGAUGCAAAUAAUAUUAUGACAGUUGAUGUUGAUCAACAGCAGUAUAUAUUUUGGGCUUUUGUUUAGACUGUUUAGAGCAUAGUCACUAUAGCAGUAGUAUUAUAUCUGAUUUACUACAGGAUUGGAUCAUCUAUUUAUAAUGGGCUCUAUAUUUUACUAGCUUCUUUCUGUUUCAACAUCAUAGUCACUUAAUUGAUGCGUUUCUUCUACACUAAGUUGUACAAGUAAAAAGAUGCAAGAGUUUCUUUAAGCAAAGAUGUCAUUGAUGGAAUGAAGAGCAUUAAGUAUUUAGGUUGGGAAGAAAUAUUUAAGUAAAAAAUAGAAAAAAUUCGUUCAAAAGAGUUCCGUUAUAUUAUUAUUACUAGAAUUUUAGAUGGAGUUUUAAGCAUUUUCUGGAAUUGCGUAAGCUAUUUUUUGCUAUUCUUCUUUUUAGUCAGCUAUGUUAAUGAUGGGCACGAUUUAAAAGACUCAAAUGUCUUUACAAUUAUUGCUUUGUUUGGUUUGUUAACAGGACCAAUUGGUUUACUUCCGUGGUCAUUUGGUUAUUUAGUCAAAGCAAGAGUUUCAUACAGGAGAAUCAAAAAGUUUUUGAAUGAAAAAGAGAUCAAUCACAACAAUGUUAUCAAUUUGGAUCUCGAAUUUAAGCAAAAAACAACUAAUAACUCUACUGAUCCAAACAGUUUAAUAGAAAGCUUUUAGGAUAACUAAUCAUAGAAUAGCGUAAAUAAUGUAGCGAUAUGUAUUAGAAAAAUGAAGUUUGAUUGGCCAACUAAAAAAAGUAGUAAGUAAAUCAAGAUGGAAGAGAAAGAAAAGAAAAAGCAAUAAAAGUCCUAAAAUAAAAAAGGAGACACUGCUCAAGAAUCUUUAUUAGGUAAUUAGUUCGAAAAUAGCUCAGAAAUCAAAGAAAAUAAUAAAUUCUAGUUAAAAGUCUUAGAUUUGACUGUAUAAAAAGGAGACCUAGCAAUCAUCAUAGGAAAGAUAGGCUCUGGAAAAUCUGCACUAUUAUAAGCUAUUCUUAAUGAAUUAGAAAUGACAUCCAUGGAUCUAUAAGAAUCGUUAAUUGCAUCUAAAAUAGAAAGCUCAGUGCUUCAAGAAAAGUUAACAAAUUAUGAAAAAAAGAUUAUUGUGAAUGGAAAAACUGGAUAUGUCUCAUAGAAUCACUGGUUGCAAAAUAAGACAAUCAAAGAAAAUAUAUUGUUUGGUAAGGAAUAUGAUCCUUUUUGGUAUAAUGAAUGUAUUGAGUCUUGUGAUCUAAAAGUAGAUUUUAGUACCUUCUCAAAAAAAGAUGAAAAAGUAAUAGGACCUGGCGGAGGUAACUUAAGCGGUGGGUAGAGAUAAAGAAUAGCUAUCUGUAGAGCUCUUUAUCAAAAUUGCGACAUAUAUUUAUUUGAUGAUAUUUUUAGCAGCUUGGAUGCUCAUGUUGCAGAGAAAGUUUACCAAUAAGUUAUUGUUGAUGUUCUUGUAAAGAAAUAUAAAAAAACCGUUCUAUUAGUUACAAGUCACUUCAGCAUAUUUUCUAAGAGAGAAUAUAUCAAUAAGAUUUUCUAUCUCUAAAAAGGUUCUAUAGUGUAUGAAUAAUAGGAAAUAGAAGAUUUUAUUAAAAGUGGUUUAAGCAAAGAACAAGAGGAAGAAGAAGCUAAAAAGUAAAAAUAAAAACUUGAAAUUCAUGUAACUUCAGAUGAUUAGCUUGAUAAAGAAGAAGAAGAUUAAGAAUAUGAUCAAAUCGAAGAAUUAAAUGAACUUGAAGAUCAAGAAAUUUAGCAAUUAGCAAUUUAAAAAAAGUCCCUUUAAAAAUCAAGAUCAAGCUAAAUUGAAGAUGAAGUUGUAAUCAGAAAAAAAUAGAGCAGCAAGAAUUAAAAAAUUGUUGAUGAAGAAGAAGAAGCAAAGAAAUAAGAAGAAGAAGAAAGAGAAAAAGGAAGCAUUAAAUUAGAGACAUUCACUACUUACAUUAAAGCAAUGAGUUAUUUCUUACUUAUUAUCUUUAUUAUUUCAAACUUCUUGAUGCAAGCUUCUUCUAUGAUUAUGGACUUCUGGCUGAGAGAUAAAGUUUCAACUUCAAGCUCUUUCUUUGAGCGCAUAAAUGAGCUUUUUGACUCUUUUACAAACACUUUUCUAUUUUUUAUUCUUUUGAAUUUAGGAAUGACUGCCAUUAAAUCUGUUUUUUACGGUCUUUGCGCUCUACGUAGUGGAAAGCAAAUAUUUUAAAAGUUGAAUAAAAGUAUUAUUUUUAGUAAAAUGUCCUUCUUUGAUAAGAAUCCUGCUGGUAGAAUUGUCAACAGACUUUCAGAUGAUAUACUUAGUAUUGAUGACUAUUUACCCUGGAACUGUUAACUUCUUUUAGAAUAUAUAGUAUAUACUAUUGGUUAUCCUGUUGGUAUACUGAUAUAAUUACCUUGGCUAGUAGUUUUUGUCAUUAUUUCAAUUAUUUUUGUCUACUUUAUUUAGAAACUUUUUAGAGUUUCUAAUAGAGAAAUUAAGAGAUUAAAUUCAGUAAAUUCUGGAAAAUUAUUAACCACAUUAGGAGAAGCAUGCAAAGGAUUGAUCUUGAUCAGAUCAUUUGAUAGAGAGAGAUUCAUUUUAAAAGAAUAUAUGGAAAGAUCUAAUGAUAGUGUAAAUACCUUCCUUAUCACUGAAGCUAUUUAAAUUUGGAUGUCUAUCAGAUUGCUUUUUGUCAGUAACUUCUUAUUUAUUUGCGUUGCUGUUACUAGUAUGAUAUUAGUAGGAUUUAAUUUAGAUUUUGAUUAUAUCACUAUUUCAAUGUGUUUAACAUACUCUAUGUUACUUUCUUCUUAAUUCACUGAUCUUAUUUAAUUCUUCUGCAAUGUUGAAUAAAACAUGGUGUCUGUAGAACGUCUAAGACAAUACUUUGUAAAUGACUAAGAAGUCCCUGAUCAAAUAGAACUACCAGAAGAAAGUAUCGAAUAAGAUGAGGAAUCUCACAAGAAAAGAGAUAAAGACAUUGCAAUAGAAUUUGAGAACGUUUAUAUUACUUAUGACGAAAUUAAAGAAAGCACAGAUAUUUCUAAAGAAUCUACAGAUGUUUAAUUUGCAUUGAAGGAUAUUUGUCUUAAAAUUAAAAAAGGAGAAAAAAUAGCUUUCUGCGGAAGAACUGGUUCAGGAAAAACAUCUAUCCUUAAUACAUUAUUUAACAUGUAUCCAAUAUAGCAUGGAAAUAUUUAUGUUAAUGGAAAAAAUAUAAAGUCUUAUUGUCUUAGAGAUCUUAGAUCUAAGAUGUCUAUUAUUCCUUAGUUUGGUUUCCUUUAUAAUGCAAGUUUAAAAGACAAUUUAGAUCCUGAAGGUAAAAUACCUCGUGAGCAAAUGCAAUAAAAGAUAAAUGAAACAAAUCUAAGAAUUCGUGAUGGAAAUAAUUAAGAAGAAGAUAAAAAUAAAACACAAAAUAAAUUAAAUAGUGAAUAAGGCAUUAAUCAUAAGGUAGAUAUUAAUGUUCCUUAAUAAGAAGAGAAAAAAAAUGAAGAGAAUUUAGAUUUUGAAAUAGAAGAUGGCGGAUAGAAUCUAUCCAACGGAGAAAAGUAAGUAGUAAAUUUCCUAAGAAUAAUCUUGAGAGAAACAGAUAUAGUAUGUUUAGAUGAAGCCACAUCUAAUAUGGAUCCUAAAACAGAUGCUGAAUUGCAUAAACAAAUAUUUAAAUUUGUAGAAAAUAGAACUUUAAUAGUUAUAACACACAGAUUAGAAAAUAUUGAGUUAUUUGAUAGAGUAGCUGUCCUUGAAAAAGGUAAAAUAGUUGAAUGUGGUCAUGUAAAUGAGCUAAGAAAGAUUGAAGGUGGUUUCUUUAAUAGACUUUUAAAAAACCAUCCUAACUGA